AAGAGCCUGGGUUCUCCAAAAAAGAUGAAUCUCGAUCACCCAAGAAGGAAUCUUCACCUUCUCCUCCUAAUCCUCCCACUGUGCUUAGAUUGGAUGAUGAGCUCUCCGGUUAAAUCCGGUGAUGGCGGUUCUGAAAUUGAUGCUGCAGAUCCAAAAUCGAUAGCCAAGAGGUUGGAGGAACUCGGAUUCUCUCAUGAAUCUGCCGAGCGGGCUUGCCCAGCCCUCACUCAGUACGUGCACCCAUUGCAGGUCGCUCUUCGUCAACCUGAUUCUAGGAAGCGACAACGCCUCCCGUUUCUUGAUGUUCCGUUUCGAAUCCUCCACGAGGAGCUCCACCAGCUUGCCGCCAUCCGGUUCAAUCAAACCUGCCCCGACCCUGACUCGGACCCCGACCCCUGAUUCUAGGAAAAUGAGCUUGUUUUGUUGAUUUUUUGAUAAGUAUGGACAAAAUCAAGAAUGGUGGGUUUUAUAGGCUGUGUGUGUUUUUGAUGGAUGACUGUGACUUGCAGGGGAUGAACCUAGACACAGACAAUUUUACUUGCUUUUCUCUUUCUUCACUAAUUUUUAAAUGAAAAAGGAAGAGUUCC